UACAGCAGAGCGGCGGAGGGCUGAGCUCGGUCCUGUGUGUGAGCGGUUCUGUAUUCUGUGUGUCUCUGAGUGUGUGUGUGUGUGAGGGUGUGUGUUUUAGUGUGUUUAGACUGAGCGCGGUAAACACACGGUAAACCGGAUCGUUUCUCACAGUACAGCACUGCUCCUGUUUCUGCGGAUUAAUGACAGAGUGCACUGCCGGGGGAUGACCGCUCACAUCUCAGUUACAGGUGAGUGAGAAAUCAUCAGCGCCAGAGAAGAGGUUGAGGAUGAUGACUGAACAGUUGGAUCAGAGUGAUGAGAUGGGCUUGCUGACCCCGCCGGAGAUCACUGAACAACCAAAAGAGGACGAUAGCCAUCUCCCCCCUCACUUCAGACACGGCAUCAUGUUGCAGCUUAUAGAUGAUCUGUCUUAUGAAGAUGUGAAAAAAUGCUACAGGGGAUCAACCGUCAGCAAGUACAACUCUCAGUACCACAAACUCUUCCAGAACGUUCCCAAGGAGGAGAUCCUCAUGAAAGUGUACUCGUGUGCUCUCCUGAGGGACAUCCUGCUGCAGGGAAGGCUCUACAUCUCCCGUAACUGGCUCUGCUUCUACGCUAACCUGUUUGGCAAGGAUAUCAAGGUGGCCAUCCCUGUUGUUUCUGUUCGUCUAGUGAAGAAACACAAAACAGCUGGACUGGUCCCUAAUGGGUUGGCCAUUACUACAGACACCAGCCAAAAGUAUGUUUUUGUGUCACUUUUGUCUCGGGACAGCGUUUAUGAUGUCCUCAGGAGAAUCUGCACUCAUCUGCAGGUCAACGGCAAGAAGAGUCUGAGUCUAAAGCAGUUUCUGGAGGAGCCUGGCUCACUGUCAACUGAUGAGUUCCCAGUGACCACUGAUUUCCCCCCAGUGUUAAAAUGGCGCAGGAAGCCUUCCAUCCCUUCUGUCUCCUCCUCGCUGCCAGAUCUUUUGGGAAACUCCACCAGCAGCCUCAGUGCAGGAGAUGCUCCAUUCCCCACUGAUACCCCACUUGAGGAGAGGCAUUUAGAGGCUGAGAAGAUUCUGCUGACCGAGCCCGUACCUGAGCUAGGCCACAUGGAGUACCAGCUACUCAAAUUCUUCAUCCUGCUUAUAAUCCUGCUCAUUAUGUCAUCAUGUUACCUGGCCUUUCGAGUUUGCAGUCUGGAGCAACAGCUAUCCUUCCUCAACACACAGCCUACCUUACCUAUGAGAGAGAGGUAACACAGGGAGGAAACCUGUGCUUUUGUUAUCCAGCCUUUAAUGGGUGUGAGGAAUUACUGUGCUGGCUUGUUACCCUGGAAUGGAGAAUCUACUGAUCCACUGUAGUAGAAGCCGUAGUGGCACUUAGCCAAUGGGCCGAUAGAGGGCGCCAGAGACAGGCCUGCAACUUCUGCACUACUGACUAACAGCACAGCAAAUAUAACAGGAACGAAGACUGUUGGCCUUGACUUUCCUGACUCGUCUGGCCUAAUUGGACACUAACAGUAUGUCUUUAAUUGGAUCUGAAGGUUUAACGACCUGUCUGAUGAUGGUGCUUAUUAUUAAUAUAUGGGAAAAGUACCUUUUUUCUUUACUUCAGACUGUCUUUGACAUCAUUCUCCACCAAGACCAAGAGACUAAGAACAAAUGGACAUGUUGUCAUUUCCUUCAACAUUUCAUGUUCUAAUCAUUUCUAGUCUACCUUUUGCCUUUCAAGUGACCAUGGUGCCAGUGUCUGUUUACUGUUCACCCAGAGAGGUUAGUCCAAGAUGUCUGCUUGGAGAAACUGCAUAGUGAAGGAGUACAUUUCACGUAACAUUCAUCAGCCAUUCAUUUCACCUCAAACAAUGGAUUUGCCUUAAUGAUAUAUGAGUGUCAUUAUGUGUCUGUUUGGCAGCUCCACUGAGACUAAUAUGGAUGAAGGGUCAGUGUAUUGUCAGUGAUGUGUGUGGGUGUGGAUAAUGUCUUGUGCAAUUAUAAAAAAGUAUAAGAAUGUUUCAGAAGGCCAACUCAGACUGAACUGAAUGGACCACAGGACCAGACAGAACUGCAGCGUGGUCCCGUCUCAAAGACUCAAAGCAUGAGGUGUUUGAAAUAAUGGAAACCAUGCAAAUAAAUUAUUAGUAAAAUAAUUUAGCCUGUCACUGUAUGAUAAUGUGCCUGCUAACGUUGCUCUCGAUGUACUAAACGGUGUUGUAGGAAAAGGUUACGUAUAGUGAUGUACUUGAAAUAUGCUCUAGCAUUUCAGGCAUGGUAAAACGUUCUAGAGGACAUAGGAGUGAAUGUAGUUGAACAGAGAAAUGUACAGUGUGCUUUCAGGUACAUAUUUACAUUUAUGUAUUUAUUUGUGUGAUAUUUUGUACAGAAACAUAGAAGAAUUUUAUCUGGAGGAAAACAUAUAUGUUCACAAUGUACAGAAGAGAUUUUGUAACUGUCAAACACACAUUGUUUAGACAGAUAUGACUAAUAAACUGCUUUAUAAACUGC